GUAGCGCCUGAAAUCCGUUUUUCGCGCACGCGCAGUUUCGGCUCUGGAUACUGGGCAGAGAGAGCGCGAAAUGGCGUCCGCAGCAGAUUAUAACAGUUACGGGCAGGCAGGAGGCCAGCAAGGGUAUGGCUCUUAUGCCGCCCAGCCCUCUCAGGCUUAUGGACAGGGUGCCCAGCAGUCAUAUGGUCAGCAGCAGGGCUACGGCUCAUACACCCAGCCUGCUGAUUCAGCCUACUCUCAGACUGGCAGCUCAUCUGGGGGUUACAGCCAGCAGGCUUAUGGAUCUUCGUAUGGACAGCAGCCACCAGCCAGUGGUGGCUACAAUGCUGCCCCAGCUGGCUCACAGGGCUACAGCCAGCCUGUGCAGGGUUAUGGAGCCAGUGGCUACGAUGCCUCCUCUGCUGCUGCUGCUGCUGCUGCUGCUUCUUCUUCUUCUUCCUCCAGCAGCAACCAGGCCUCGUACGGCAGCCAGGCUGGCUAUGGAGCCCAACCUUCUUAUCCUGGGUAUGGACAACAGCCCGCCUCCUCAGCACCUCCCAGUUACAGCUCUAGUAGCCAGCAGCCUUCCAGCUAUGAGCAGAGCUCCUAUUCCCAGCCUCCCCAGCAGGGGUCAUAUUCUCAGCAGCAGCAGGGCGGCUACCAGGGCCAGCAGGGCUACGGUCAACAGAGCUCAUAUGGCCAGCAGGGUGGAUAUCAGCAACAGGCUCCACCUCAGCAGCAGCAGGCUCCACCCUCUAGCUAUGCUCCUCCCUCUGGGUCUUAUGGUCAGCCUCCUGCUAGCCAGUAUGGCCAACAGGGCAGCAGUGGGGGGGGAUAUGGUCAGAAUGACUACAAACCACCCAGUCAGUAUGGUAACUACAGGCAGGACCAUCAGAACGGCAUGGGCGGUGGCUACUCGGGCCCGGAGUCCAGUGGCUAUGGGGGUCCCGGUGAGGGCCGUGGCAUGGGAGGGGGGGAGAACCGUGGUCGUGGCCGUGGGGGUUUUGACCGGGGCAUGAUGCGAGGAGGUGGAAUGCGUGGGGGCAUGAGCCGUGGAGGCAUGGGCAUCGCUGGAGACAGAGGUGGCUUCAUUAAGCCUGGUGGACCAGACUCAGAGAUGGGAGUCCCAGAAGAGCAGGAUGACUCUGAGAACAGCACCAUUUACAUCACUGGCCUGACUGAAAACGCCACACUGGAUGAAGUGGCUGACUUUUUCAAGCGCAGCGGCAUCAUCAGGAUAAACAAGCGUACAGGCCUUCCUGCUAUAAACAUCUACACUGACAAGGAGUCGGGCAAGCCGAAGGGUGAUGCCACCCUAUCCUACGAAGAGCCCCCAUCGGCCAAGGCUGCAGUGGAAUGGUUUGAUGGUAAAGACUUUCAGGGGAAGAAGCUGAAGGUAUCGAUGGCUCGCCGGAAGCCCAUGAUGGGGAUGAUGCGUGGGGGGAUGCCCAUGAGGGGAGACCGUGGUGGCAUGAUGGGACGAGGAGGGAUGAUGGGUCGUGGUGGAAUGGGCCGUGGGGGAGAGCGUGGUGGAUUCGUACCACGUGGAGGGCCAAGAGGAAUGGGCCGCGGUGGACCCACUGGGGGGAACAUGCAGCAGCGGGCUGGUGACUGGCAGUGUCCCAAUGCGGGAUGUGGAAACCAGAACUUUGCCUGGCGGAUGGAGUGCAACCAGUGUAAAGCGCCCAAACCAGAGGGCUUCGGACCACCACCCUUCCCUCCAGGUGGUGAGCGUGGCCGGGGUGGUCCUGGUGGCAUGCGUGGUGGCCGUGGUAUGGACCGUGGAGGACCAGGAGGACCUGGCGGACCCGGAGGUUUCCGCGGGGGUCGAGGAGGAGACCGUGGCGGUUUCAGAGGAGGACGGGGCAUGGACCGAGGUGGUUUUGGUGGAAGGGGCCGGGGUGGCCCACCCAUGGAUGACAUGGGACGGAGGGGGAGAGGAAUGGGGCCACCUGGCAAAAUGGACAUGAAGGGAGACCAUCGCCAGGAGAGGAGGGAGAGACCAUACUGAGACCUCAAAUUCCCCACUUCAGUUUUCAUUCAGAAGAUUUUAAAACUUGUAAUUCCAUAUUUAUAAUGGUUAGUAUGGAAAUGUGACUGCUCUGCAGGUAGUCCUUAGUAACCUUAUUUUAUUUUUACAGUUUUAUUUUUGUUUUUUUUGUUUGUUUGUUUGUUUUUUUAAGUCCUUGUGUGCUCUUCAUUAUGGUCAGGAGCUGUUGGUGAAUCCGGAUGCCAUGCAUGCUGUUAAAUGUACAGACUGGAUUUGUGGAAGAUGUUUAUUGUGGAACAAGCUAUUAAUUUUUUUUAAAGCUGACUCCUGUUUUGCUUUACCUGCCCCCAUUCCUGUAUGAAAAUGUUGAAUUAAAAAAAGUCAUGCUUUGA